AUGCCGCGGAAGUUGGAUCGAGUUUCCCGCAUGGUCAGGGGCGGUGUUGAAAUGUCUAUGAAUAGAUUCAAUUUAUUCAAUUUAUACAGAAAGAGUCCUAUAAAUUAUAUUGGGAAAACUUUAUACCAACAGAAAUGGGCAGCCAAAUCGGAAACGAGGUCGUACCAUGGUGAGCAUUUGAAUGAGAAAAGGUUUAAGAAAGUCUUAUUUGAGCCUGAACUUAAGACGUACUCGCAACUAGAUGCAUCGUUAAAAGGUCAAGAUGUAGCACCAACACCUAUUACGUUGCAGACCUAUGCAACUUUGGAGAAGAGGCUAGAGAUUGCUGUUUUUAGAAGUCUAUUUGCUUCUUCCGUUAGACAAGCGCGUCAGUUCAUUCUUGGCGGAUACGUCAAGGUCAAUGGAGUGAAAAUCAAGCAUCCUUCUUUCCCACUAAAGAGCGGUGACGUAUUUUCCGUUGACCCUGAAAAAGUCUUGUUUGCUAUGGGCAAGUCCAAACCAAGUUUGAGUAAGGCGAUCAAUAUUGACAAUAAGCAGGUGAGGUACUGGAAUCACUAUGUAAGUAUGGCUAAAAAGGACCCCAAGGCAGCCUGGGAGAGGCAGCAAAAUAAAUUCAAAUCCUUGAAUCAAAUAGAAAACUUUGAAAAGAGGGAAACACUUGAUGCUCAAAAGAAACAAGGUGAAUUGAUGAUGAAAAAGAGGCAGAAUGCGACAAACAAAAUGACCAUUUUGGAAGAUAUUAUAAAUCUUGGAAAUGCCGCUGGCCAUAAUAUAUCCGUUGAAACGUUUCACAAGUAUGGUGAUGUUGCCAAAGAGAAAUGCUUGAUAAUUUAUCAAGGAUUAUCCAGAUUGAACCAUCCACUUUUAAAAGAAAAAUCGCAUGAAGCUUUGAAUGCGUAUUUUGCCAAGGAGACGGAAAUGUCCAACGAAGAAAAAACUGAGUUCAGAAAGACAAAGAAUAUUUUGAGGGAGUUGGAGAAGAGCGAAUGGAAAAGAAUACGAUUGGAAGGUGCAAAUGAUGGCAAGUUUUUUGAUCCAUCUAAUAUAAUGAGACAAACUACUUUUACGCCAAUAGAUAAGGAAAAAGUUCUUGAAGAUGAAACAAGCGCUAAAAUCAAUUUCCCAUGGCAGCGCCACUUGUACGGCCGUAAGGAACCACUGAAGCCUUAUUUCACUCCAUGGACCCCACGGCUGUUUCUCGGUGCUUUUGCAAUUUUGCCAUCUCAUAUCGAAGUAUCGUUUGAUACUUGCCAUGCCGUGUACUUGAGAGACCCAAUUGCAAGACCAGGACAUUCUGAAGUUAUAACGCCCUUCCCAGAACAUGUUCACGAGAGGGCUUAUAUGUACUACAUAAAGAGAGCAAAGCAUGUUCGUCGAGCAAAGGUCAUUUCACCGUUGCUUCCACCGUUGUUAGCGGCAACAAGGGAUCUAGAGAGGGCUCAAUUGGAACUAAAAUGGAUCAAAGAAGAGCUUCCCAAGUCGGAAUGGGUACUGGCGGUGAAUUUGAGAAAAGGACUUGUUCCCUUACAAUACAUCCUUAAAUCUCAACCUUUUGGUGAUUUGAAUAUUAUUUGUCGUGAAGGGGUGUUAAUACCGAGGUGGGAAACAGAGGAGUGGUGUACCAGAUUGGCGAAAUUCAUAAUUGAUAGUAAAUUAUCAAAAGUCAAUAUCGUUGACGCAUGUUCUGGUUCUGGUUGUAUACCACUUUUGCUAAGCCAUUUAUUGGCAAAAAACUCAAUUGACUCAAGAGCUUACGGGUAUGACAUAUCUGAAAAAGCUGUUGAACUAGCUAAAGAAAACUUGGAGCUGUAUCUUGCUACUUAUCCGAGUAAACGAAUACAGAUAUCGUUCCAUUUGGCGGAUGUUUUUGAUUCAAAAUUAUGCAAGAGUGUAAAUAUACAAGGUGAUGAUGGUACUGGCAUAGAUUUGGUCACUUCUAACCCGCCCUAUAUUCCAUUGGAAGACUACAAAAAGUCUUUAUGGAGAAACGGAGUUGAAAAAUCGGUCAGAUUGUAUGAACCAAGCCUAGCUUUAAUUGGAAACAACAAAGUCUACUCAAAUUUAAUCCAAAAUCUUGUUGUUCCAGUUGGAGCCAAAGGCUUUGUUUUUGAGGUUGGUUAUAAAGAUCAAGCUGAUUUUGUUAAUAAAUCGAUGGAUUCUGCGAAAUGGGGCGUAGGAGUGAUGAAAGAUUCUGCCUCAAAAGUACGAUGCGUGAUUGGUUGGCAAAGGGAGGGAAAGUUUGCCGAGUUUAGCAAGCUAUGUGAUGACGUAUAUUAA